AAUACAAGUAUGACUAAUCAAAACCUAUAAAUUGCGUGUCCUGGUUUAUGAAUAUAUUUGUUCACUUAGUGCUCCUGUGGGUGGCAUCUUUUAAUACACUUACACACCGUGAAUUCGCCAAGAACCUUCUUUUUUAUAAAGGAACAAAAAUAAUACCAACGUGAGGAUGAAGUUCUGGAUCCUAAUUUUAGCUUUUGCAACAAUAGCAGGGGCAAGAUUAUAUAGUUCUAAACAUGAUAACAUGGACAUUGACACGUUAGUUCGCAAUCCACGAUACAUGAAAAUGUCAGUCGGUUGCUAUCUGGACAGAAAUAGCUGUACUAAGAAGACUGCCACGCUCAAACAAGCGAUACCAGAUAUUGUGCAGACAGCGUGUGCAAAAUGCACACAUACACAGAAAUAUAUUUUAAGAAGAUACCUUGAAGAAUUGAAGAAAAAUUUACCUAGUGAUUAUCAAGCGUUCAGACGAAAAUAUGAUCCUGAAGGAACAACGUUCGACGCUUUAGAAUCAGCGAUUGCUAAUAAUUAGACAUUUUCUCAACGACGUAUAAACCAUUGGCAUUGGCUCUGUGAAUGUAUCUUUAUUGAUAUCAUUUAUGUCUGCCUUAAUAUAAUAACUUAUUUAUUUAAA